AUGGCUAGAUUGCUGGAUCUCUGCUUCCUUCUCCAAAGCUUUGUCUUCUCCUUAAGCCAGUUGCAAGGUCCGCCAGGAGAACCUGGGCCACGGGGCCCCCCAGGUCCACCCGGUGUGCCAGGAGCAGACGGCAUUGAUGGGGCCAAAGGAGCUCCAGGCCUACCAGGACCAGAUGGAGCUCCAGGAAAACCCGGAAUAGAUGGCCUUACGGGAGCUAAAGGAGAGCCAGGCCGUGUUGGAAGACUAGGUCCCAAAGGCCAGCCUGGACUUCCUGGACCACCAGGGCUCCCAGGACCUGGAUUUCCAGGACCUCCUGGCCCCCCAGGUCAAGUUGGACUUCCUGGAGAAAUGGGACCUUUAGGACUUAAGGGGGAACGUGGACCAGAUGGACCACAAGGGCCUCCAGGACCUCCCGGAAAGCCAGGCCCAAUUGGUCGUAUCCAAGGAGCCGAAGGCAGUGCUGAUUUUGUGUGUCCAAGCAACUGCCCACCUGGACUCAAGGGACCUCCGGGUUUACAGGGGUUGAAGGGACACAGAGGGCGAUCAGGAGCCUCUGGAGAGCCUGGAAGACAAGGCCGGCUGGGUCCAAGGGGUGAUGUGGGGCUGCCUGGAGAACAAGGCAUUCAGGGUCCUCCUGGCCCAGAGGGUCCCAGGGGGCAUCCAGGAAUGGCAGGACCAAAAGGGGAGAUGGGUCCUCAAGGUUACAAAGGCAUGACUGGGAGUAUUGGAGCUGUUGGUCCCCUGGGUGAAGAUGGUCCCAAGGGGCCCCCAGGACAAGUUGGAGAGAAGGGAGAAAUUGGUCCUCGUGGUUUCAGGGGUGCUGAAGGUGAAAUGGGCCCCAAAGGAACACGGGGUCUUCCUGGGAUUGAUGGCAAAGAUGGAUUUCCUGGAGUUCCUGGGGUGAAGGGAAGUGUGGGUCAACCAGGCCUUCCAGGGCCUUUGGGACACAGAGGAGUGGCUGGUUUGCCAGGCACUCCUGGGAGCAAAGGUGGUCCUGGAGACAAGGGUGAACCAGGAACACGUGGCCCGUCAGGCUUACCUGGGCCAUCUGGAAAAAUUGGAGAGCCGGGUCCACCAGGAGCAGUGGGUCCUCAAGGCAUCGCUGGGGUGAAAGGAGAUCGGGGUGAGAGGGGGCCUACGGGACCUUCAGGUCCACAGGGAAAAGUGGGUCCUAAAGGAGACCAGGGGCCCCCUGGAAUUCCAGGGCCACAGGGGCUCCCAGGAGUUAAAGGCAGCAAGGGCUUCCCGGGAAAAAGUGGCUCCAAAGGCGGCAUUGGGAAUCCUGGUGUUGAAGGCCUUUCUGGAGGAAAGGGGCAGAAGGGGGAAUUGGGGGAACCUGGAUCAAAGGGGGAGCCAGGCAUUUGUGGGGAGCCUGGUUUUCCUGGACCUCCUGGAGACAUCGGAGCACCUGGAAUCAGAGGUUUCCCGGGACCUCCUGGCCCUCGAGGACCUAAUGGGGAACGUGGUAUACCUGGAAUGCCUGGGUUGCGAGGUACCCCAGGCAGGGACACCGGAGAUCAGCAUAUUGUUGAUGUCGUGAUCAAGAUGCUACAAGAACAACUGGCCGAGUUAGCUGUGAGUGCGAAAAGAGAAACUUUGGGUGGAAGUGGCAUGAUGGGACCACCUGGCCCUCCAGGGCCUCCUGGACCACCUGGCUCCCAAGGCCCCCAUGGACAUCCUGGUUCCCGUGGCCUUCCAGGAAUCUUAGGAGCUGUUGGACAGAUAGGCAACACUGGACCCAAAGGAAAGAGGGGUGAGAAAGGAGACCAUGGAGAACCUGGCCAUGGACAUCAAGGGAUGCCAGGGCCUCCAGGCAUACCAGGUCCCCCUGGUCAACCUGGUCAAGCUCUCAAUGGCAAACAUGGAGAGCGAGGUGUUCCAGGUGCUCCAGGAGAAGCAGGACGUCCUGGUUUACCUGGGCCUUCUGGCCUUCCUGGGUUUUGCGAGGCAGUUGUCUGCCUUGGGGCUUCUGCUUCAGCUCAGCUAACUGAAGUAGGUUCUGUCAAAGGACCUUCAUACUGAAUGCUGUCAAGUGAAAGGGCUCCAUGGUUGACAUUGCUGAUUCAUCAGAAGCUUCACUACUUCAUUAAGCAAUGAACACACCAGGCUUGGGCCCAAAGAAAUGUGAAAGCCACCAAUCCAAAACCUCUUGAUUGA